CUUUUCAGUAGUGAAACAGUGUCAAGUGAUAUCAUGUGGAUUCCUGGUUCAAAUCGGCCAGAGGUUAGAGAAACACUUGUCUGAUUAACGUUAGCACGUAACGGAAGAAUUUAUGCAUCUGGAUUGAGAACCAGUUCAAUCCAAGUGUGCGAGGGAGAGGCUCGAUUGUCUCAAUAGUCCCAAUUGGACUUUUCGAUUGCAAAUUUGAUCCAUGUAUCAUUUCAACCUUGAAACCCUACACCGCCAGGAGAACGAAGUCCUGAGCCUUUGAACUAAUCGUCCGUCUUUUGUGUCCGUCCGAGGUCUCCUGAGUCGUCGUACUCGAUGUUUGUAUUGGAAAAGGCAGUCUCAGAAGAAGCAUAGCAAGCACCGUAUGUGGAGGAACACUCUUUACGAAGCCGUUGGUUAAUCGGUGAAAGCCCCCACUUCAAAGGCAGAGGGAAAAAGGCCACACGGACGGACGAGGGCUUCGAGAAUGAUAACCGACAACCCACGCCCGAAACACAACUAAUCAAUACUCAAAACCCAGCUUCAUAUGAGACCGUAUGCAUUCACAAUAAUCUAUUGUCGAGGGUCGAGUGAGUUGUAACAAGGACCCGUUGCUUCUGCUGCCAUUGUUAGCUCUGUUAGCUCUGUUAGCUCUGUUAGCUCUGUUAGCUCUGUUGGCAGUGUUCCUGCUGCCACCGCUGCUGCUCUUGAUGUUGCUACUGAGGCCAUGAGGAGACUCGAAAGUGAUUCACUCAGACUCCAAGUCGAUCUCAUCGGGUUGUGGCAGUCGAUUUGUCUAUGAAUAGUGGCGAUUGUUGUGGAGAGCCCGAUAACCCGGGAAGUUAUCUCACUCCGCGCUUAUCUUCCAAUAUCAGCCUGAUUUAGACAUGAUCAGGGCCUUACGCGACAGUCGCUCAGAGCACCUUGGAGCCCAAACAAGUGCAGCCUUAUGAAACCACCUUAUGGUCACAACCGGACGCAAUCGAGCGUGUCCAGGAUCUCCACGCUCACCACCGAGGUCAAGGAGAAGGUGUCCUGGUUCAAUCUCCGACAACGGUUCUCGUGGCUCCCGCAAUAUGACUUCAAGUGGCCGCUGUGUUGUCCCACGUUUAAGCUCCCAUCCUGGAGAUUCACCUCCAAGCUCCAAUGGCGAUCCGAUACCACCUUCAUUCGCCGGCUCAUUCCCCUGGGACCGGAUUCGGAGACCAAGGAAGAGAUCUCCAUGGUCAAGACCGGGGGCUCCUCGAGCACGCUGCAAACCAAGUUCGGGCGCAAUCGAACCCACACUUCCAAGUACACCAUUCUGACCUUCAUCCCGCUGAAUCUGUUCGAGCAGUUCCGCAAGGGAGCCAACAUCUAUUUCCUGUGCACCAUGUUUCUCAUGCUGAUCUUACCCGACUCGCCGAUCUCGCCCACGAGUUGGGCCAUGUCGCUGUUGUUUGUUGUCCUCGUGACCAUGGUCAAACAAGGAUAUGAGGACUAUCUGCGACACAAAAACGACAAAGCUGUCAAUGAACAAACGGUGGAGGUGAUUCGUGAAGGCAUUGUCGCUUCAAUCCAAUGCCAGUAUAUUGAGGUGGGUGACAUUGUCCGAAUCCGGGAGAAUCAAUACGUGCCUUGUGACAUGGUGGUGCUCUCCACCGAUCUGGAUCAAAGCCAGUGCUAUUUCAUGACCGCCAAUAUGGAUGGGGAAACUAGUUUGAAGACUAGAUACGCUGCCGAACUGACGAAACAGCUGCGCGAUAUCCAGCAAAUCUCCGAGUUUCGAGGCUUUGUCGAAUGCGAAAAUCCCAACCCCAAGCUAGAUAACUUUCUGGGUCGAUUGGCCAAAUUUGACGGGAUCAGCUCCUCUUUCAAUGCCAAAACGGAUAGCUUUGGUGAGGAGGCGUGUUCUCUUUCCAACGAAAACCUGCUGUGGGCGGGCACAGAGCUGAGGAACACCAAAUGUGUCUUUGGCGUUUGUGUCUACGGAGGUACGGAAACGAAAAUGUCCUUGAACUCAAAGAUUACGCGGAUCAAGUUCUCUUCAAUUGAACGAUACCUUAACCGAUAUCUUGCCUUCUAUUUGGCUGUGCUACUCUUCGAGAUGACGAUAUCCUCGGCCAUAUCCAUGGCAUUCGGUGUGGAAUAUAUCAAUGAUCGGGAGACUUCCCAAAUCCAAACUCGAAUGCUGAACGGCAGCGAGAUUGAAGAAUUGGUUCCCAAAUCCUGGGUGGACUACCAUUGGUACAUCGGAAUCAUGGAGGACGAAAACUUUGCCAAUGGCUUUGGAAUGUUCCUUAUCUGGUUAGUUCUCUACAACUACAUCAUUCCCAUAUCCAUGUAUGUGACCAUGGAGAUGCAGAAGUUCAUCUGUAGUAUGUUUUUCUCCUGGGAUCUGAAGCUCUACGACCACAAUCGCGGUAUUCCCGCGGUUUGCAACACUUCCGAUAUCAACGAAGAGCUGGGUUUAGUCAACCAUUUGUUCACGGAUAAAACCGGGACACUCACCCGCAAUGAGAUGGUAUUUCAAAAAUACAGCCGAGAUGGGCGGAUCUUUAACAAAGCCAAGUUUAAAAACGAGGAAUGGUCCCCCUUGCUUAUGGUCCUGACACUCUGUCAUUCUGUUCAAGUUGUGAAUGGCGAUUUGGUCGCUUCAAGUCCGGACGAGAAGGCUUUACUGGAGAUGUGUGAAGAAGCAGGCUUUAUAUUCCGCGGCGGAACCUUGUCCGGGAAUUGCACCGUGGACGUGAAUCACGAACGGAAGCGAUUUGACCGCCUUCUUGAGCUCGAAUUUGAUUCGAUUCGGAAAUGCAUGACUGUGAUAGUCAAGGACGCUCAGGGACAAAUCCAUGUCCUGACCAAAGGUGCAGAAAUAGCAAUCCUUCCAAUAUGCAAAAGCGGCCCCCUGGAAGAGACGGAGCGGAUUGUGUAUACUUUUGCCGGGGAUGGGCUCCGGACCUUGCUCUUUGCUCAUAAAAUAAUUUCCCAAGAGGAAUAUCUGCAAUUCAGUGCUAAACUCGAGUAUGCCAAACAAUCGAUGGUGAAUCGCGCCAAGUUUGUCAGAGAAUCUUACAAAGACAUGGAAAUCGACAUGCAUCUGGUUGGUGCCACGGGUAUUGAAGACCGACUCCAGGAUGGCGUGGUAGACACCAUCAAGGCUCUACGGAAGGCAGGAAUUUGUCCUUGGAUGUUGACCGGGGACAAAAAAGAGACUGCCAUGAAUCUGGGCUACGCCUCAGGCCUUUUGACCUCACCCUCAAAGAUCAUCGACCUUUGCGAUGUGGCUGAGAAGGACAUUGGGAUGCUGGUGAGCCAGGCCCAUGACGAGUUAAAGACCGGGACAUGUAGUCCCAACUCCAGCUUGAUCGUGGAUGGCAAAUCCAUUCUCAAUAUCAUGAAAGAUGAAAAUGCCCGGGAGCAAUUUUGCGACGUCUGUUUGCAACGCCCCACAGUGAUUGCUUGCCGUUUGUCUCCUAUUCAAAAGAGUCAGCUAGUGCGGAUGAUGAAAGAGGCCGAUAACCGAAUCUUAACCGCUGCCAUUGGGGAUGGUGGCAACGAUAUCUCCAUGAUCCAAGAGGCCCACGUGGGUCUUGGGAUCAUCGGUUUGGAGGGCAAUGGCGCAUCCAAGGCGGCAGAUUUUGCCUUUACCCAAUUCCGAGGCUUGAGGAGGGCGCUAUUGGUUCAUGGCCAAUGGUACUACCGCAGACUGGCCAUCCUCGUUCAGUAUUCAUUCUACAAGAACGUCACUUGUUUUACCACACAACUUUUUUUUGCCAUCCUCUCCAACUUCUCGGGGCAAUCCCUGUUUGAGAGCUUGUUCCUUUUUCUUUUCAACACACUCUACACCUACUUCCCCAUUGCUCUUUAUGGCAUCACUGAGCAAGACUACCCAGAUGAGGUUUUGCUCGACCAACCUGAGCUCUACAAGAACAAUGAGCAUAAUAAGCUCAUGCGCCCUCAUGAAUUGUCCAAAUGGUUUUUUCUCGGUCUGUGGCAUUCCGUGGUCGUUUUUGGCCUUCCAUACUUUACCUGGGACACCUUCGCCGACAAUGGGGCCGACAUCAAUUCGUUCGGUGCCAUCGUGGCUUGGAACGCCAUUUUAAUUGUCAGUUUAAAACUCCUAGUCGAGGCUCGGCAUUGGAACAUCUUGGUGGUGGGGUCGACCAUUUUGUCUGUCCUGGCUUAUCCCGCCUUGACCUUAUUGUAUGACCAGUUUCUGAUCAACGCCUUAUUUUGGAACAACUCGGAUCAGUUCCGAACAAUCCAUGCUGUGAUGGUUCAGCCCAUGUUCUGGCUGGAAUCUCUACUAAUUCCGGUGAUUGCCCUUGUGCCUGACUUAUCGUUACAUUUUGGUAAAACGAUAGAUCUAUCAUGGUUUAGAAAGCGCAAGACGUAUCCAUAUCUAGAGCAGUAGUUUCAUAAUUAAAAUAAUAAAGACAAAGUAACUCUUGUGGUUAUGAUUCAUGAA